UUGCAUUGCACACAUCCAAAGCACAAGUUUAAUCAGAAGAGUUCAGAUAUCAGGAAUAACACAUACCAGGAUGUCUCACCUCAGCUCUGCUAGCCUGGGUGCACUGCUGAUCCUCCUCCUGGUAGUGCUCACUACUUCAGCAACAGAAGCUGCAGCUCCAGCUCCAGCAGCAGCAGGUUCAGACUGCCAGAACGACAUCGGCGUGCUGAAGACAACCUGCUACAAUUUCGUCAAGAAGGACGGGCCGAUGUUGGAGCCAUCACCAGACUGUUGCACCACCAUGAAGGGCGUCAACGUGCCCUGCGUCUGCAGCUACCUGGGCAGCCCAGGCGUCAAGGACAACAUCAGCCUGGACAAGGUGUUCUAUGUCGCCAAGCAAUGCGGCAUCCCCAUCCCUGGGAACUGCGGAGGAUCCAUGAAGGUCUAAAACAAUAACUGGCUGACCUGGUGAAGUUGGCUAACACAAGCAAUGUGCCUAGCAGUUGCACAGCUGAUACAAGUAAAUAAUGUUGGUCAAUUUUUAGAGUACAUGCCUACACCAAUUGUACUGACCUGAAAUUCAGCAUGUUGUGAUUACAAAACAUACAUAAACGAUGUCUAUCUGUGUACACUGAAAAUGCAAAUGUGUUCACACGUUAUAUUGAGUAUUGACAAGGUAAUCAACUGUUUGUUGA